AUGAGCAGUUCAUUAUGGAAGAGACAUGGUGAAACACAUUAUGCCAACAUUCAGUAUGGUUAUUAUGUCCUCGGGAUAUCAGCUCUUUACUUCAUCUUCCUGAUGGUGAUGCGCAAGGUACUUCCCAGUAGGCCAGCCACAAGCUCAGAUUCUAAGUUCAAGAAAAUAAUAUAUGGAUUAUAUUCCAUCGAUCCAGCAAUUAAUCUUUGUAUCCUAUUGGUGCUAUUUUUGACGCCUUUCUAUGGUCACUACUCGUUGGCACAUCAGACUAGUGUCUACAUCAAGCGUUUGGGACGAUUGAGCUACGUUCUGUUGACGCUCAAUCUUAUCCUCAACUUGAGGCCCAAUUGGCUGCUAUAUCGAGACUAUACGUACACGGACUUUAUCCCUUUGCAUAAAUGGCUAUCUCGCAUAAUUGUCUUGAUCGCGAUGGUUCAUGGUAUUCUGUUCCUUAUUUACUGGGGAGUCAAAGAUGAAAGGUCGGUAUUAUCCGAACUGAAGAAGGCCAAGAAUUUUGUUGGUUUGAUUGUUAUGAUAGAGGCUGGUUUACUUCUUCUCUUCUCCUUGGGUCCUGCUAGACGCCUGAACUACAACCUCUUCUUUGCAACGCAUAACAUAUUCACAUUGAGUUUGAUAUUUCUCACAGCUAUUCAUGCAAGGCCGGGAGUCGGAGUUCCCUACCUCGGUAUCAAUAUUUUCAUUUUAGCGGUUCAUCUCAUCUCAAAAACCGUCUUCGCCAGAAGCACCGAUUUGCUAGGGAAAUAUACUGACUACAGAAAUACCAAUUUGGUGGCUGUUCAGCUGCCUCGAGCAGCUUUGGCAGACGCUUUUGAACCGGGCUGCCACAUCAGAAUAAGUCCGUUCCGCCGAAUCAAUCCAUUGUACUGGUUAUUGCCCUCGCACCCGUUCACCGUAGCCUCUAUGCCAUCAGAUUCUACAGUCGAUCUCAUUAUAGCUGAAAAUAAGCAUCCCCGUUCGUUUAAACUUGAAAUGGGUGCCAGAUACACGAUAAUUAACAACUACAACCCGGCAAUCCCCAGAUUAUGCCUAUCGUCUGCUACCAGAGUCAGUAUUGUCUGUGGCGGCAGUGGCAUCUCGUUCGGGUUGCCCUUGUAUCGUUAUUUCAAGGAGCUGCAUCCAGUGGAUUAUCUGCACUUUGUCUGGCUCACGAGAGAUAGGUAUCAACUGAAGGUUCUAGAGGAUCUUCUCAAGGAAUCGUCGUUUGAUGGAAGUGCAGAUUUUCACAUUUUCAUUACGAGAGACCUUGAUAGUAUGGAACAGGAACAGCAAGAACAAGACGAUAUAGACUUGGAGUUCGAACUGGAGUCCUUCACACCAGAGCAGCUCGACGAGAACGGGGCUGUGGUGGGCGAUACUGCUAGCUCGAUGGGCACUAAGAUCAAGGCCGCCUCAGUGAAUCUGGGGAGAAGAAUAAAUUGGGCAGUAGAUUUGUCAAAUUUUGUCGACGCCUCAGUCACAGACACCACUUGGCUACUCACAUGCGGCCCCAUAACACUGAUCGAUGCUGGCCGGCAGUACGCUGCAGGAAAUGGUAUCAACUUUGCCUCUGAAAUAUAUGCUUUAUGA